AAUGAAUCAUGUAUUUUGGGUUUGUUCCAAAACAUCCUUUUAUGUGUAUAUAUGCACACAUAUGUUCUCCACCUUUCGCUUAUCCAAACCCUAGCUAUCUCCUGUACACUAAUUAAGCUGCUGCUAUUCAAAGCAGUAUAUGCUAUAUUAGCUAGCUAGCAAGCUGCCACAGUACCUGAUCUCCAUUAACAAUAUUAUCCAUGGCUUCCACCGAUAAGCCUACUGAUCACCCUGAACAUGGCAAAGAAAUCCCACCACCCAAGCCAGAAGUUCCAGCUGCUGCACCCCCAGCUCAUAGGGACUAUUUUGUUCUUGAUGUGGCUCUCAGGGUCUUGCUAUUUGCGGCGGCUUUGACUGCUGUCAUCGUCAUGGUCACUAGUGAGCAAACGAAGCUGAUUCCGGGGCUAGGACGUCGCAAGGCCAAGUUUAAUCACACGCCGGCUUUCAUAUACUUUGUAGUGGCGCUGUCCGUUGCUGGCCUUUAUAGUCUCAUUACAAUAUUAGCAUCGGCCUCUGUUAUCCUGAAGCAAAUCUUUUCAUCAAAGUUCCUGGUCCAUUUUGCAUAUACGGAUGUGCUGAUAUUGGGCCUGGUAGCUUCAGCCACUGGCAGCGCGGGUGGGGUUGCAUACGUGGGGUUGAAAGGCAACAAACACGUGGGCUGGAACAAGGUGUGCUCCACCUACGAUACAUUCUGCCAACAUGUCGCUGGCUCCCUUGCUGUUUCCUUGUUCGCUUCGGUUGUUCUUGUCUUUCUCAGCUGGCUCUCCAUUUUCUCCCUUCACAGUCGAACAACUACACCGGCCCCUCGCUAAAAGGCCAAACACAUUAUAUAUCUCAGAUUUGGCUUCAGGAAUUUGUGUUGAAUAAAAUCUCAACGCUCGCUGGCUAUUCUCGUGUAUUGUCUGUGCAUAUAUCUUUAUCUUCGAUGUGUCUGUUAAUGACGUGUGAUAGAAUUUGUAACAUUUCGAUA